UUUCAUAUCUCCUUGGACCUUAAACCCUAGAAGUUCGAAAUCACAAUCGAAAUAAUGUCAGACCACUUACCUUUCGAAAUCCAAACGGAAAUCAUGAAGAGGCUUCCUGUGAAAUCGUUGCUUCGAUUCCGAUCUGUCUCCAAAUCAUGUAAGUCUCUCAUCGACAGCUCUGAUUUUAUUAAACAUUAUAUCGGCCAAAAGCAACAUCUGCUUGUUCGUUGUUAUGAUUACGUUGCACAUUCUGAAAAACAACCCAUGUCCAUUGUUGAUGAUCAUACUUUCCCCACCCAGAGAAUUUCUGUUACUCUUCCAGAAUUUGUUAAAUAUCCCGACAUAAUCGGCAGCUCUCAUGGCUUGUUGUGUUUCUACAGCCUUGAUAAUCCCACCUUUGGAACUACUACUGGCAGGGCAGUUAUUUUCAAUCCGUGUAUUAGAAAAACGGUUGCUUUCGCUGUGCCUCGUGUCAUAUAUGGCCCCAUAUAUCGAACCGCUAUAGGUUUUGGGGUUUGUUGUCAGACCAAGGACCCUAAGAUUGUCAAGAUUACACUUGUUAAAAGCCAUAUAGAUUUCAAGAGUGUAGAUUGGAUCCCAUGGCAAGUUGAGGUGUUUACAUUAAGCACAAGGACUUGGAGAAGUCCAUAUAGCAACAAUGUUCCGAGUAAAUCGAUUAUUUAUAUGAAUCAGGUGGUUGUAGAUGGGUGUCUUUAUUGGCUUGCUACUGAUAGGCUUGAUCAGUGUGAUAAUUUGAUUAUUUCGUUUGACAUGACAAGUGAAGAAUUUAGAGAGGUAAACCUUCCGGAUAGUUUAGCCCAUGGUUAUUGUAGUCUCUACAUUUAUAAUCUAAGUGAGUCCCUUGCUGUGGUUAAAGAUGGUGUAGAGGACAAUAAACGGGUUUAUGAUGUAUGGAUGAUGCAGGAUGAUUCGUUUAUAAAGCUCUACACUAUUAAUAGUAGUCACUCACCAGAUGUAUCCAUACAGCGUGUGUGUGGAUUUAGGAAGACAGGUGAACCUGUAGUUGCACUAGAAACUGAUCCUAGCUCUAGAAUACUUGCUACAUAUGAUCCCUACUCUAAAUCCAUCACAAAUGUUGGGAUUAAUGGAAAAUUAGUUUCAUACUUUGUGUUUUCUUACAUGGAAACCCUACUGCUGCUUUGAUCAGCCCGUUUUUACUUCUGCGUUUGAAGCAUACAAGCAAGGUUUGAGCAUGGCGAAAGGAGUGCGUUUGGACUUUGGAACUUUUAGACAACUUUGUUUGGCUAACACAAUGGUGGACUCUAUAUCUUUAAUUUCUGAAUUUGGAUUUUAAAACUUUUGUAAGAAUGUAAAUGUUUCCUUAAUUGGCUAUUCAAGCGACUUUUGUGAUUGAUUCUUAUAUUUUAGUAUUCGAUGAUUAUUAAA